GGAAGAAAUUUUUCUCCCUUUAUUUAUGGAUAAGAAUCCAAUUAAUGAAAUACAUAUUUCACAGUCUAUCCUAGUUUCUGGAUAAAGGAAUACUAUCAGGUUGGGAGAAAUACUAGAUAAGGAAUUUUCGCCAGGCGGACAAGGAACUGCACUAAGAUAAGCUUUAUUGUCUGGUUUUAUAUAUUAUUGUAAGGAUAUAUGGGAGAGCACCAUGGUGAAACCAAAAAAGUUGCUGGGAGUAAGGAUUCCAAGCUGGAAUUUUCUGAAGAUGAAGAAAUGCUCAUGGCAAGAAUGUUCAAUCUGCUUGGACCAAGGUGGACUUUAAUUGCUGGAAGAAUACCAGGAAGAACAGCAGAAGAGAUUGAGAAGUACUGGAAUUCAAAGGCUUUGGCUAAAGAUAACAAACAUUUGGAUCUCAAGUUUCAACAGUCCACAAAUGAUAUGUAGAUACAUAUGUUGUGUUCUUAUGAACCUAUUAUAAUUAUGUCUUGUAUAAUAUGUAAGGUAGUCGUCGUUAUUUAGUCUUAAUUGGAUCAAAUUACUCGUUAGAAUUUAAUAAGAUCUGAUAUCAUAUUAAAACUCGGGAUUUCAUCUUAAAAGAUCAAUCUGAUUAAGAGAAGCAGUCCAAGUUCUUAUUAGUUAGUCUAUAUUUUCAUUUGUAUUCAAUGUGAAAUUUUAUCCCUUAAGAGUCGAAAAUGGAAUUACUGUCAAUUGUAAGUUUCUACGUUAAUAUUUUCAUUUAUUUUUCAGCAAUUGAA